ACCAUCAUCUUGCCUGUUGCCUCUGUUCCCAAAAUAACCAAGCACCAUCAUCAUCAGCCCCCCCCCUUCCGCCGCCACAUGGUUACAGUUAAGUAGGCUACAUAAAUCAGGCGCCACCGCUGGUGUGAGCUUGUAGAGGCAGACGGGAGGCACACAUGCACCUCACACCGCCGCGGCUCGUCGCUGCUACUGCAGCCGGUGCAGCGAAGGAGACUCACGGCUUUUUUCCAUCACACAGAGGCGGAAUGGCUUGAGAGCAGACAACACGGACUCGUUUCGAUCGGCUGAUGCACGAUGAUUUUUUGACUGUGGGCCUGUCUGUGUGUGUUCAUCCGUCUUGCCACGAAUUGCUGCAGUGCUGUUUUUUUUUUCCUCCAGGUGUUGAGGUGUGUGUGUGUGUGUGUGUGUGUGUGUGUGUGUGUGUGAGUGUGUGUGUGUGUAUGCGUGCGUGUGUGUGUGUGCGCGCGUGUGUGUGUGCGUGUGGGUGCAUGGUGGUGAUGUUGUAGCCCGGUGUAAUUCUCUUACGAAUUGGACUAAGCCGGAGAACGGAGUCUGAUGUCACAUGUGCUUCAUAGGAGGAGACGGGGCAUCUGCAAGCUGGAUUUUGUGGAGGAUGCUGCGGCAAGUGAUACACAGAUGGCUCAAGGCUUCGUUCUACUGGCUGGGCUUAUUCGUUAGCAGGCACCCCGUUUUUUUCCUCACUGUCCCCGCGGUCCUCACCAUCAUUUUCGGAUCUACCGUGCUGAGCCGAUUCAAGCCGGAGACGGACCUGGAGGUGCUGGUCGCCCCUACUCACAGCCUCGCCAAGAUCGAGCGGAGUCUCGCCAACAGCCUGUUUCCCAUCGACCAGUCGAAGCACAAGCUGUACUCGGAUUUGCACACCCCGGGCAGAUAUGGCAGGCUGAUCCUGCUGGCCAAGUCCGGGGGGAACAUCCUGGAGCUGGCCGAUCAGGUCCUACAGGUUCACAAGCAGGUGUUGGAUUUUCGCGUCAAUUACAAGGGAUUCAAUUACACGUUCGCGCACCUCUGCGUCUUGAGCCACAGGGACAAGCGCUGCCUCUUGGAUGAUAUCAUCACCAUCUUCGAAGAAAUCAGACUGGCCGUGCUUUCCAACAGCACCUUCCAUAAGGUGCCCGUGAGCUAUCCAAACACAACCUUAAAGGAUGGCCGUGUGUCCUUUAUCGGCCACCAGCUGGGUGGCGUGUCUUUCUCGGCCAACAGCCGUGACCAGCAGGUCAAAUUCGCCCGUGCUGUCCAGAUCACCUACUACCUCCGCAACCACGGACCCGUGGUGCAGGAUGCCAUCGCAGAACGUUGGGAGAAUGAGUUCUGCGCCCUGGUCAGACGGCUGUCCACGGCCGAGGCACCCCAUGCGUCUGACCAGCUCCACAUCUUGUCACUCACCUCCUUCAGCCUGUGGCGGGACUUUCACCAGACGGGCGUGCUGGCUAAAGGGGAAGUGCUGGUCAGCCUGGUGCUAGUGCUCCUUGCCGCAACCAUCUCCAGCUCCAUGCGGGACUGCCUGAGGGGGAAGCCGUUCCUGGGCCUCUUAGGCGUGCUAACCAUCUGCAUCGCCAACGUCACAGCUGCAGGGAUCUUCUUUAUAUCGGAUGGGAAGUUCAACUCUACGCUGCUGGGGAUCCCAUUCUUUGCCAUGGGCCAUGGAACUAAAGGGGUGUUCGAGCUGCUGGCAGGCUGGAGGAGAACAAGGGAAAAUCUCCCCUUCAAGGAGCGCGUGGCGGAUGCUUUUGCUGACGUGAUGGUGUGCUACACCAUGACCAGUUCACUCUACAUCAUCACCUUUGGCAUGGGAGCUAGUCCUUUCACCAACAUCGAGUCUGUGAAAAUUUUCUGCCAGAGCAUGUGCGUGGCCAUCCUGGUCAACUACUUCUACGUUUUCUCUUUCUACGGCUCCUGCCUGGUGUUUGCUGGACAGCUGGAGCAGAACCGCUACCACAGUGUUUUCUGUUGUAAAAUCCCCUCUGUGGAGUACCUGGACCGCCAGCCCACAUGGUUUAAAACCAUGAUGAGUGACGGCCAUGACUUGUCCACUCACCAUGACAGCAUCCCGUACCAGAACCACUUCAUCCAGCACUUCCUGCGUGAGCACUACACAGAAUGGAUUACCAACACCUAUGUCAAACCCUUUGUGGUUAUCCUGUAUCUCAUCUACGCCUCUUUCUCAUUCAUGGGAUGUUUACAAAUCAGUGACGGAUCAAAUAUUGUGAACCUGCUGGCAAGUAACUCUCCGAGUGUUUCUUACGCUCUGACCCAGCAGAAAUACUUCAGUAACUACAGUCCCGUAAUUGGUUUUUACAUCUACGAGCCCAUCGAGUACUGGAACUCCACGGUGCAGGAGCACCUGAAGACUCUGAGUCAUGGCUUCAACAAGAUCUCCUGGAUGGACAACUUUUUCCAUUACCUACGAGUGGUGAAUGUGAGUGCGUCAACCAAAAGUGACUUCAUCACCAUCCUCAAAGGCUCCUUCCUUCGCAGCCCGGAGUACCAGCACUUCACUGAGGACAUCAUAUUUUCCAAAAACCGUGAGACUGAUGAGUACGACAUUAUCGCCUCACGCAUGUACUUGGUGGCAAGGACAACCGAGAAGAAGCGUGAAGAGGUGGUGGAGCUUCUGGAAAAGCUUCGCCCGUUGAUGCUGAUUAACAGCAUCAAGUUCAUUGCCUUCAAUCCUACGUUUGUGUUCAUGGACCGCUACAGCUCCUCUGUCAUCUCGCCCAUCCUGACCUCAGGCUUCAGCGUGCUCACAAUCCUCAUCCUCACUUUCUUCCUGGUCAUCAACCCCUUGGGAAACUUCUGGCUCAUCCUCACGGUAACAUCUGUGGAGCUGGGCGUCUUGGGUUUGAUGACCCUCUGGAACGUUGGCAUGGACAGCAUCUCAAUCCUGUGCCUUAUUUAUACCCUCAACUUUGCCAUGGAUCACUGUGCACCACACCUGUACACUUUUGUGCUAGCCACCGAGCACACUAGGACGCAGUGCAUCAAGUUGGCACUGGAGGAGCACGGAGCAGCCAUCCUACAGAACACAUCCUGCUUUGUGAUCGGGAUCAUGCCCCUAGUGUUUGUGCCUUCCAAUCUGACCUACACACUGUUCAAGUGCUCCCUCCUCACUGCGGGCUGCACUGUACUGCACUGCUUUGUCAUCCUGCCCGUCUUCCUGACCUUCUUCCCGCCAUCCAAAAAGAGACAUAAGAAAAAGAAACGGGCCAAACGUAAAGAGCGGGAGAGGGAGCGGGAAAGGGAGAGGGAACGAGAAAGGGAGGAGAUAGAGUGCAUCGAAGUCAGGGAGAAUCCAGAUCAUGUCACAAACGUCUGAGUAAUUUGUAAUUUUAGCACUGAAUAUCAGCGGGUAUCCGUCAGUUAUUGGCGGAUUAGAAGUGUUCUAAUGGGCAGGCACCUCUUGAGGUGCAAGGGAGUCCGAGAUGGCCCCUAAGGAGUGGGAACUGGUCACUCUCAACCAAUAGCAGCUAAGCUGACCAGAGUAGAGCGCAGCCCCACUGGUCAGUCAUUCAGUCCUUCAGUCUGGACAGUGUAUCUCAUUUGUGUAUCCACAAACUGCAACAUGCUCAUGGUUCUGAAGCUCUUUCCCAACUAUUUGGUAUAUAAAAACAAUUUAGUUACCAGAACUUGUGCUUGCUAAAUCCGUAAGUGAAUUCUAAACAUACAGUAUUAGUCCAUUUAAAUAUUAAGAAUUCUAUAUUCAUCUCUUGCGGCCGUUAUCUCAGAAGUGAGGAGCAUAGCAGUCUUUUAAGCCAAGGACACUCAGACAAGUUGGUGAAAGUGGUUAGUGUUAUCAUACAAAAUUGUACAAAUUAAACUGUGCAGGCCGUGCACACACCUUCCUCCUCACACCUAGAUAACAGAAACAAGAAACAAAACCAAGUGGAAAGAGAGAGACUGUGGACAGAAAGCACACCACAUGCUUUUCUGUAACAAUAAAAAUAGCUGAACAGCUGAACUGGGCAGAUGGCAUACACUGUGUCCAUUAUGAAGAAUUAUCUUGCACAUUGCACUGUGUGAAUAGAACUGUCAAAGUUUAAAUUAGCAGGAGGCAUACAUUCCUGCUUUAUUCCAGCGGUCAUAGAAGGUCUUAGGCAAUGGCAAAAGGAACUGCAGUGGGCUGCAGUGUAUGAAGAGGAAGUGAUAACUGACUGAAGUGCAGCAGUAUUUAAAAAGGCAGUAAGCCUGAGUAUGACUUAAGUAAACCCUAAACUGCUUUUGUACCUGACCAGUAAAACCAAAAGCGAAGAGUGUUUCCUAGGCUUGAAAUAUUGAACUUUAUAGCAGGUGUAUAACAAUGAAAAGUUUCUGUUAGAGUAUGACUGUCUCUUUGAUCCACUUACAAAAGCUUACUGGCAUGGGAUUGGUAAUUGGAAGGUCUGAAUGUGAUUCAAAACUAGCAGUGGUGCCAAAUAGUGUACAGAUUUUUUUUUUGCUUGACAAAUUUCUAUAAAAACAAACAAGUCUAAGUAAGUUUGAACUUUCACAAACAUGAGCCAUGAAUCAUGAAUUAUUCAAGCUAAUUGAAUGAUUGCUCUAUAGUGGUGUUCAGGCUUGUGACACAGAUCAUGAAGCAGGCUUUAAAUGAGGCACUUUUUGUAAAGUACACUGUCUCUGAAUAGUGUGAAAAGCUAAUAGAGAGCCGAAGGGAAACUAGAACUUCGAGAUUUGGUCCAGAAGUAAAAUAACUCAAAAUCACAUUGAAGGUUUGUCAUAAAACAAAUUACAGAAAAUCUAGCCUAACAACAUAACCUUGCUCAUGAGCAUGUCAUUCACUUCAUUUGUCUAGACAGGGAUAGUACAUUUCCAAAAAAUAAACAAAUAAUACAUAAAUAUUUUUCUAUGUAUUUAAAGGAGACCUAUUAGCUGCUUUUCCAGUCCUAUAUUGUAGCACUGUGACGCUUGUAUGGCAGCUUUGCAUGAUUCAAAGUUCAAAAAACCAUUUUUUUUUGUUAUACUGACUCUUCAUGUAGGCCUUCGUUUCAGACUUCGUUUCAGACAAAAAAGCUGUAGGUGCUCCUGUCUCUUUAAGGUACCCCUUGUGAAAGCCCACUGUCUUCUGAUUGGCCAAGACUUGAAGCAUGUUACCAAGCUCAGACUGAGCGUGUGGCAGCACAUGACCAUAUAUGGAACACCCGCUUCAUCUGACUACGUAGAACAGAGCCCUUGGUAGAAAAAGCAGUUCAAAACAGAUCGUUCAGAACAGGAGGAAAUCUGAGGUUUUUGCUCAUAGGGAUGUCUUAUAAAUGCUUUAACCUCAUUUUUGAAACGUUGGCCAUGUUUAACAUGAACAUGCAACAUUAUAAUAUUGUAGAUAAGUCAUAAAAUGUGGAAAAGCAUAAUAGGUCUUCUUUAAUAUCUUUUAUUACCAGCCAUUUAGAGGGUAAAGAGCUAGAUAUGUCCUUCCAGAACUGGUGGAGACCAAAACACAGUUAGAAAAAGAGGAAAUAUUUGACUUCUAUUAGUCAGGCAAUCAGAAACAAAUUGGGAAGUAAAUGCUAAUGUUGCACCACUGGUUACGUAUCCACUAACUCAUAUGCCAGAACAAGGUGGUAAUUUUUCAAGCAUGUUCCACUGUGAUCCCUUGUCACAAUCACAAAAGGGUUUAAAUGCUAAAAGCAAGUACUGUAAAAGACGCUUAUUGAUCACAAUAUGGAAAGUAAACCCCAGGAAAGUGUUUCACUUUUUCAGAAAGGCCAAUUGAAGACACCCUAAUAGAUUCCAUUGAGCAACAGAAGUAAGUGAACAGCACCUAGCCUGAAUUGACAUCAAGAUUUCGGCGCUCUAUUAGAAAAAAGUUAAGGUGCAGACCACUACUAGAUCUCUACUGCCUCCUGUAGGCCUUGAGCUGGACUUGUCUAUGUUGUAACUGUGUAUAUUGCCUGAAUACUAAAAAUAACAUUCCAUCAAAAUAUUAAUAAUAAUAAUAAUUUAUAUAUGAUUUGUGGAGUUUUACUCCACAAAUUUCUUUCUUCAACAGUCACUUUUAGAAAUCCAAAAUGGCUGCCAUCUCCCCAGAUGGUAAACGGUAUUAUCUAUGUGUGCCAUAGCCUGAUAAGAAUCUCUCUUGCUGUCCCAAAACAAACAGAUUCAAGGUCAGCAGCACCUACAGAUACAAAUCUCUCCCUGACCUCUGGCAGGCAGAUCUUGGCUGGUGGCAUGUGAUAGAGAGGCCCCAUAUGUGAGCAGAUGUGGCUGAUUGCAGACCAGUCAAUACCUUCUUUGGGGAUUGUUAGCUCUUAAGGGGCUGUCAUUGUAGUGAAACUACUGUCUUGUUUCUUUGUGCUACCACUGAGAGUGAAUAGCUCUCACACUGGACAACUAAUCUGGCAGUUUGGGGGAGAUUAGAUUGUUCAUGUUGUACCAUAUUUCAUUGAGAAAUAGCUGUUGAUAUUUGACAGUAAUUUGAGGGAAGAAGAUUGUCAUUCAGUGACAAGUCACUAGUUUUAAAAAAGGCUAUUAAACCAGCUUGUGUAAAUUAAUAUCAAUGAACAAAUGAGAGACAAAGGUGGAAAAAAUCAUCUUUUACCUGUCAUACUUUACCACAAACACAUUUCCUGCUUUUGUGGAAUUAGAAAGUCAUUUUAAGUGCUUAAAUGUCAAUGAUGAGAACCAUAUAACUUUGAGAAACCAAACAUUGCUCUACUUAGAAAUGAGGAGUUUUUGGCAAGCUACUUCCUGCAGCAGCUGCAAUGAACAUCACAUUAUGUAAAAGCCAUGUCACCACAUCAUGUAUGUAUAGUAAGAUGGCAUGAAAUGUUUGAAACAUGGGAAAGAAAUGCAAAUCUUAAAUAAUUUACAUGGACUGUGUUUGCAUGGUACUGUAUUGUAUGUAUGCAUGUAUUUACUUUUCUGUAUGAAGUCUGCGUAUUUUUAGUUUUUGCUACUCUAUAGAGACUUAUGUUUGUUGUUUCAAUGCAUAUUCUGUAACACCAUGUGCUGCAAAAGAACAAAAUGAGUCAUAUCUGUUCCAAAAUGAAAGCCAGAGGAUGUUUCAUGUGUAAAAUAACUGUAAAUGACUCUUUUCUAUAUUUUCUAAGAAAAGAAUAUACUAUAGAAAGAUUUUUAAUGACAGAAUUUUCUUAAAAAAAGACUAAAAAGGGGAAAAAAGUUGAACACAGUAGGCCAGUAAUAAACAGUGGAAUGUUACCAGUAUACUAGAUCGUAUUCCUUGCACACUGCAGUGUCAACGUUUGCUGAUGAUUUAUGUUUUUAUAUGGGAAAUUGUGGCCACCAUUUUAUUGUAUGUUUGUGUGUCUUGAUGCCUUUCUAUUCUUACAUUUCAGUGGAGGGAGUUAAGGAAAUCGUUCAUUACUCAAUAGAACAGUCUAUCAGACAUUGUAAUGAUCACUUAUUACAAAAGCUUUAGGUUGAAAAUGUACAGAAUAUAAAUGGAAUCUCCAAUUUAGGUCUGAAAUACAUCUAUUACUGUUUAGUAUACGGCAGAUCAAGUUUAGCAGCAAAGAAUAUUUAGCAUUAUUGUUAACCCUUCUGGGCCAUCAUUCCUAAAUAUACUUGGUGUCCUCUUAGACAACCUAUCAUUGCUGCCUAGAAAGCUAUUGCUGUUAUCUAACCACAUUCACCACUAUUCAGCUGUCUUACAGGAAGCAUCAUUCCCUAUGCCGAAUGCCAUGUGAUUAGGCUACUGCAUAUUUAAAUAGCAUCAUUAGAAAUUACUAGAAAGUAUUCUUCUAUGGCAACCCACUGAGUCUUACCAAUGGGUUAUUGAAACACUAUGUUAUAUACAAUAUUUAACACAUAUUUAUAGUGUCUUCUUUUGACGAAAAUUCAGCCUAAAGUUAAGAGUUUAGCGUUAUUAAACAUUUUUCCUAGUGUAAGCAAAUCCCUUGAAAAGGCUAAAGCAGACUUAACUCUGUCUGUGGCGCUCAGCUCCAAGUCACUAAAGACCAUUGGUUCCCACUGAAUUAAUUCAUUUGUAAAAACAGGGGCACAAAUAUAUUGUUUUGUUUUUAAAUAGGCUGAAUGAUUUCCUAAAACAGCUGGACACAUUUAAAAUAAACUACAGUGUGUGUGUGUUCAUAGUAAAUUUUAAAUUAAAAUUGUAAAUGAUAAUGAAGGAACAUGUCACCCAGAGCAAAGGUGUGGCUUAGUGUCUAAAAGUUUCUGGACAACAAUGGAACUCUAUGGCACAAAGUAGUACAAUAAGGCAUGCUUUGGAUACACACUCUAUACUUAUAAAUUGGUGAUAUUAGUGUUUUCGUGGGAUUUGUUGACAGUGAGAUACAGAAUAUUGCCAAUCUUAUUCUUUAAAAGUAGAUAGGCCUGGAGUGUUUUGUAUCUAAAUUUGAUGAGGUAGUUUACAUGAUUUCUGCUCUAAAAACCGAAGCUUUGUAUGUUUUUUUUUCAUAUUUUCAUCAGAGGUAUUGCUGUGUACAAAUAUAAUUUGACUACUAUACAUUUAUAGUAAAAGUUGAGUCACAUUUAUUCACCCACUUUGUCAUCAAAACUAACAUAAAUGCAUGAAUGCAUUCUUCUCAAAAACAAAAUAAUGGUGACCAUUUUAUCAUCAUACCUCUUCAAGUGUUGCAGUUUUAAACAAUUAUUUAAUUGGGUCCAUUCUGUAAGCUCUGCUAUAUGGUGUGUUGUAGCCCUUUUGCUACAAUUUGUCUUCUGUAGGGAUAUUAUAACUCAAGUGUAUGUGAUACUGUGACAAUACAGCUAAAAUAUCCAUGUGACAGAUGGGCUUCAAAAGGGAUGUUAGCGGUGGUUACCUCGGAAUCUGUUUUUCACUAAUGAAAAAACAGAAUCAAAAUAGAAAUAAAUGUGAAAAUUGUUAGUGGUACUUUGAAAAUCCAUGUUUGAGCAGGCAGAUGUGUGUUCCGUAAGUCUCAUGGAGUCCUUUGACCAUGCACCAGCACAUUUCCAGUUUGUACAACCAGGGACAGCACAAUAUUUCCACAAUACAGGGCAAUAAAAUUAUGCAAUCACCACUUCGCUUGUUGAAUAAUCUACAUUUCAACCACAGCCUCAGAGGACAAAUUACUGUUUUAUUGUAAGUCAUCUAUCUUGUAUGUCAAAUAACUGAGCCAAAACAUAGGCUCAUGUUGGCCUCAUUUAUCAAACCUACUAUUUAAUGGCAUCUAGUUCAGCAUUUUUCAUUUUCAGUUUCAACAUUGUGCAGAAGGUAACAAGCUCAAAAGGAAGUAAGGUUAUUUUAGUAACCAGUCCUACCUUAGUCAAAUUCUUAUCUAUCUAUCUAUCUAUCUAUAGGUUUGCGUUGCUGUCAAAAAACAAUUUCUGUGCUACUCCCUAUCUUUGCCCAUGCCUUGUCUGAUUUGAAUUGUGACCCAAACACUUAGAACUAGGAUAAUAUACAUGAGUUUAAUACAUGAGUGUAACGCUAGUAAGAGUACACUGUGUUGUUUGCUCCUAUUAUACCUAUGUAUUUGGAGGGUUCUGUUCAGUUUGAUUUUUGUCCCAAAGUCUGAGCCUUAAAAGGGUAUACCACUAAAUUUAAGAAGGUACAUUUGCUUUGUGGUCUCUAUGGAAAGUCCAGUCAGUCUUAUUAGCAUGAUGAGCUCUCCCUCAAAUCACACAAUACCCCCAAAAAUAAUUGUUACCGAAAUGUUCAGAGAAUGCCUCUUUGAGGUUGGGAGAAUGUUUACAUACUACUUAAUGUUUCCAUACAUAUCCCUAAAAAAAGUAUGUAAUGUAUCUGCAGCAUUCACAGAGACACAAACUAACAAUCUUGAACAAAGACACUUCAGAUAGAAGUUCAUCUAUUGUGCAGACCUCUCUAAUUCUGGAAUAUCUUAACUCAUUUUCUGUUCAAGUCAGGGUAAGUUAAAAUCAUACUACAAACAGUGAGCUACGGCUUCAAGCUGCUAAACUCCAGUCACUCCUGCUGAAAAAGUGUGCCUUGUGGAGGAAUUUUUCAUUUACAAGGACGUAUACUACGUAAAUUUGCUAAUUUGUGUGAAGCAAUAAAAAAAUCAAAGUGGUUUCUGCUGUAUCUUUAAAUUGUACCGUAUUAUUACUCACUCUGCAACAUUGUUAGCAAACCAAAAAUGUAGCUGUUUUCCUGUCAGCAGGUUUAACUGUUAUGCUUAGUCAUAUCGUGUGGGAGGCUAACUUUAUAGACACAUCUUUUAGGUUUAAAAUUGGUCAGUAUUUUUGUGCAACUACAUCAAUUACACCAAUCCAAGGGCAACAUUAGAUUAGUCUUACAUAACGUUUGAUACCAUCUGCUGAGUGUAAUAAACUAUGUUGUUCAUAGUACAUUCUUUAAAGUGAGUUGCUUAACAGCAAAAGUGUCUACAAGUGACGCUUGUGGCAGAAAGGUUAAUUAUGGUGGCUACGUAAGUCUGUGCUCUUCAUAUAUUUCCCAAGAUUUCAGUACAGAUGUAGAUAUCUUUAAGAUUGAGUAUAUUUCUUACACUGUGACUGAGAUGUCAAUGUGAGGUCUUUAGAACCAUGUGCAGUACACUGUGAUGAGAUAACAAAGUUGUCAAAUAUUGUUGGUUGUUUGUUUGAAUAGGUGAGUGGAAGAGUGUUGACUUGGAGCAUAACUUGUCAUUUAAUACUGUCACCAUACUGUGGACUUUUAAAUGCUGUUCAUUCUUAAUGCCUUUCUCGUAACUAUUAAGCUUACAAUAAUAACUCACAGUCACAUCACAAGUUGUACCUAUGUUGUUGCUGUAAAACUGAGAGAAGAGCAUGCAUGUUUGUGCCCAGAAGUUAUGGUAUGGUAUUCACAUAUUUGGAUUGUAAUCCCCUUCUUUCCACCUCUAGUCACUGUUAACAUUCCCUGUGUCAUGUAAAUGCUAAUUUCACUCAGCUGUUAGACCUGUGUACAGCCCUGCAUGGCUUUGUAUCAUACACAAACACAUGUGCACAUAUGUUGCCAAGGUAUGGUCUUCAAAGAACAACAGGAAAUGGCUGGCUGACUCUUUGUGUUGCUUGUAUUUCUGGUCUGGUUCUUAGGUGUUGGCAGAGCUUGAACUCUGUUUUGUCUUAUCUAUGCCUCUUACCUUCGCAGCAGGAAGAUUUAACCUCAUUUGACUGAAGUGAGAGAGAGAGAGAGAGAGAGAGAGAGAAAUACAGGGGGAAAAAGAGUGAGAGGAAGAGUAGGCAGGGAUGAGAGAAGUGUUAGAGGGAGGAAGAGAUAAAGAAAAACGAUGCAGGCAAAACAGGAGGUAAGCCCUUAUUUGAAUUUGAGAAGAUUGAAAAAAUUUCAGGAAAGGGAGAUGUUGUAUAAAUAGGGGAUACUGGGAGAAAUGUUCAUGUUGAGCCCUUUGCUGAUAUAAUGAGUGUUAGCGGCUUAUUUUACUUUCAGCACGUAGAAAGUUGCUGUCUGUUGUGACAAAUGCAGAUUGGCUUGUUUCAGAGGAAAGUGACUAUCUUGAAAAGAGCAGAUUCCUCCAUAAAUGACAAUGUCACUCUCAGUUUUCAGGCAUGCUUGGAUCAAAUCCAGUUUCCUGGGAGGAAAAUGGAAUUACCUCACAAUUAUCUCUGUUUUUUUAUAGCAUGCUUAAAGGAACAUUUUUAAUGGGUACUCCGGCACAUUAGUAUUGCUCUUCUAUAAAGAAUGAAUUCAGAAUGCUCUGAAUAAAAGAUAGCUUGACUUUUGGAUUCUACUAUGCAGGGUCAGAUUAACAAACUAACCAUACUGAGCCUCUUGAUGCACUUAUUACAAUCUAUUUUAUAUAUAACCCUGCCUGAGGUUUGCUGUAUGUCACUUAGGUUGUGAGAAUUCGACUAAAGAGUAAUUUGAGUAAGGGAAUGCACCAUUUGAGGAUAAAAUUAAAUUAAAUAUUAAAUGCCCUGAAAAACUAUUUUGUCUGUCAGCUUCUUAUUAUGAGCAUGAGGUCCUACAUGGACACACAAUUUUCUGCCAAAGUUGGAGCAGAUUUGGUUAUGUCACAUGUUUAUUUCUGUUUUGGCCUGUGCUGUUCUUAUUGGUUUGAAGUGGGCAGGACUCAGUGAAAAAUGUGAUGUCACAUACUUCCAUGGACCAGUCAAGAUUCUGCAAAAUUUAAUCAAUCAAUGUUUGCUCAUCAAAUCACCCCCAACCCAG